AUGAUCAUCGAAAGUCUAGACUACUGGAAGCAAAAACAAAGUGAUCUCGACAAGUUUAUUAUAGACUGCUUUAAAGAUAACACCACUGUCUCAGAUGGGGAAAUUUCUGAAUUUGUUGGAAAAUGUCAACUUGAACUAUACCAUGAUGUUUUCCAGAAGUGGAGUGACAUAGCGCAAGUUAUGAGACACACAGUUUAUUCUGACACCGAGGAUAACUUAAUUGACCAGUUUGAUUUACAGUGCAAGGACUGGGACUUCACACUACAGGAAGCCUUUGGAAAUUCCCUCGGUACUGGUGACUACGGGCAUUUCUCAGUGGAACACGUGCCAAUGCUUAUGAGACGAUACCGUUCUAUGAAAGAGUAUUCGAACCAAGGUUUCGAGGCAUGUCAUAAACUUCAAGGUUCCCUAUUCUCCAGGGCUACAAACCACGAUCGCGAAGAAGAGGCAGCCUCGAGUAAAAACAGUAAUAUAUACAGGUGCAACUUGAAAAGGUUCUCCACUACCGAAAUACAUGUAGACAAUAAGGUCAAAUUAAGCUGUUCAGGUGGAUAGCCUUUUCAAGAUUGGCUGUAUGUUUUAAAAGACACUAAAGUGUGAAAUAGUUCUGUAAUCUAAAUAGUACU